AUGGUCUACACAGAUAUAAAACAGAACAGGAGACAGUCCACACAGAAACAAGCACCACAGAAGACAGCUCACUCAGAAACAGAACAGCACAGGAAAUGGUCCACACAAAAACAGGAUAUCUCAGGAGACGGUCCACACAGAAGCAAGUACCACAGAAGAGAGUCCACACAGAAAAAAGAUUCCACAGAAGACGGUCCACACAGAAAGAAGACUCCACAGAAUAUAUUCCAAACAGAAACAAUCACCUCAGAAGACAGUCCACAUAACACCAGGAAAUCAUAUGAGACAGUCCACACAGAAUCAAGAACCACAGAAGGCAGUCCACACAGAAAAGAGACUCCACAGAAGACACUCCACACAGAAACAGAACACCACAGGAAAUGGUCCACACAAAACCAGGAUAUCACAGAAGACAGUCCACACAGAAACAAGCACCACAGAAGAGAGUCCACACAGAAAAAAGAUUCCACAGAAGACAGCCCACACAGAAAGAAGACUCCAGAGAAUAUAUUCCACACAGAAAAAAUCACCACAGAAGACAGUCUACACAAAACCAGGACAUCAAAGAAGAUGGUCCCCACAGAGACAAUCACUGCAGAAGACAGUCCACACAAAACCAAGACUCCACAGAAGACAGUCCACACAGAAAAGAGACUCCACAGAAGACAGUCCACACAGAAACAAGACUUCAGAGAAUAUAUUUCACACAGAAACAAGACAUCACAGGAGAAAGUCCAUACAGAUACAAGUACCACAGAAGAUGGUCCACACAGAAAUAAGACAUCACAGAAGACAGUCCACACAGAAACAAGACUCCACAGAAGACACUCCACGCAGAGACAAAACAUCACAGGACACAGUCCACACAGAAAUAAGACAUCACAGGAAAUAGUCCACACAGAAACAAGACUCAACAGAAGACACUCCACGCAGAGACAAAACAUCACAGGACACAGUCCACACAGAAACAAAACAUCACAGGAGACAGUCCACAAAGAAACAACCACCACAGAAGACAAUACACACAAAAACAGGAUAUCACAAGAGACAGUCUACACAGAAACAAGUACCACAGAAGACAGUCCACACAGAAAUAAGACUCCACAGAAGACAGUCCACACAAAAACAAGACUCCACAGAAGACACUCCAAACAGAAACAAUCACCACAGAAGACAGUCCACACAGAAACAGAGCAUCACAAAAGACAGUCCACACAAAAACAGGAUAUCACAGGAGACAGUCUACACAGAAACAAGUACCACAAAAGACAGUCCACACAGAAAGAGAACACCACAGAAGACAGUCCACACAGAAACAGAACAUCACAGGAAACAGUCCAUACAGAAAGAAGACUCCCUGGAAGACAAUCCACACAGAAACAGGACUCCCUGGAAGACAGUCCACACAGAAACAGAACAUCACAGGAAACAGUCCACAAAAAACAAUCACACAAGACAAUUCACUCAAGAACAAGACUCCCUAGAAGACAGUCCACACAGAAACAAGACUCCAUAGAAGACACUCCAUACAACGAGACUCCCCAGAACACAGUCCACAUAGAAACAAGACUCCAUAGAAGACAGUCCACACAAAAAUAUGACUCCACAGAAAACCAUCCACACAAAAACAAGCACAAAAGAGGGUCCACACAAAAAAUGAGACUUCACAGAAGACAGUCCACACAGAAACAAGACUUCACAGAAGACAGUCCACACAGAAACAAAACAUCACAGGAGACAGUCCACACAGAAACAAGUACCACAGAAGAUCGUCCACACAAAAACAAGACAUCACAGAAGACAGUCCACACAGAAACAAGUACCACAGAAGAUGGUCCACACAGAAACAAGACAUCACAGAAGACAGUCCACACAGAAACAAGUACCACAGAAGAUCCACACAGAAACAAGACACCACAGGAGACAGUCCACACAGAAACAAGCAUGACAGAAGACAGUCCACACAGAAACAAGACAUCACAGGAGACAGUCCACACAGAAACAAGCAUGACAGAAGACAGUCCACACAGAAAUAAGACAUCACAGGAGACAGUCCAUACUGAAGCAAGUACCACAGAAGAUGGUCCACACAGAAACAAGACAUCACAGGAGACAGUCCACACAGAAACAAGCACCACAGAAGAUGGUUCACAUAGCUCCCCGGCCAGUGGGGGAAGGGAUUGCCUGGUGUGAUAGCCUGAGUUGAUCCCUGGACCCCCCAUGGUAGAACAAGAGAACCUACUCCUGCCAUGUUGUCCUCUGACCUCCACACAUGUAGUGAUUCUGUGUGUGUGCAUACACACAUGGAUAGAUACAUUAAAAUACAAAACAAACGAACAUAAACCCCAGGGCCCUGCUGCCUUUCCCUCUGCCCUGGUAGCAGUGCUGUCCCUCCUCGGCCU